AUGCCCGACCCGGUGAUCCAGCUGAAAUGCAAUUGCAACAACUAUCCCUGGGGCAGGACGGGUCGCGAGUCGCUGGCCGCGCGACUCUGCUCGAAGACGAAUCCAGAUUUCCAGCUCGAUGACUCCAAGGAGUAUGCCGAGAUGUGGAUGGGCACGUACCCCGAACUGCCGUCGUACUCGCUCAAGACGGGCGAGGACUUGCAGGACAUCCUGAAGCAGCACAAGGAGGAACUGAUCGGCAGGCAAGUGUACGACAAGUUCGGCCCCGACCUGCCUUUCCUCCCCAAGAUCCUGUCCAUCGCAAAGGCGCUCCCCCUGCAGAUCCACCCGGACAAGAAACUGUCGGAGAAACUGCACCAGGAAAAUCCAGACCAGUUCACGGAUCCCAACCACAAGCCGGAGAUUGCCGUUGCUCUGUCCAAAUUCGAGGCCUUUGUCGGUUUCAAACCCCUCGCAGACAUCCAGGAGCUGAUGAAGUUGGAGAUCCUUCGGCCGUUUCUGCCCACCACUACCGAGGGUCUGACCCUGAGCGAUGAUGAGACACUGCGGCAGAUCUGUACGAACAUGCUGAAGGCGGAGGAGGACCUCGUCGCAAGGACGAUGAAGGGCCUGCUGGCGACGCCGGUUGAGCAGUUCGGCAAACAGGGGUAUGUGCUCGACCUGGCCCAGAGGCUGCAGGAGCAGUACGGCCAGCAGGACAAUGGGAACCUCGUGGCGUUGGUGUGCAUGAAUUUCUUGGUCUUGGAUGCCGGCUCGGCACUAUACAUUCCCGCAGACGGCAUCCACGCGUACCUCUCCGGCGACAUCGUCGAGUGCAUGGCGCGGUCGAACAACGUUAUCAACACGGGUUUCUGUCCCCGAGCGGAUCGCGAUUCGGUCGAUCUGUUCGCCAAGUCAUUGACGUUCAAGCAACACGACCCGUCGGAACCCAUCCUCAAGCGACAAGCCAGCGACAAGAGCCAGAACGGCAAGACCGGCGAGUUCAAGCCGCCCAUGAGCGAGUUCAAUAUGCUCGUGACGGAGCUCUCGGGCGGAGAGAAAGAAAUGGUCAAAGCUAUCGCAGGACCCAGCAUCAUGAUCGUCACGGAAGGAAGCGGGAAAAUGAAGGUCGGUGGGCAGGACUAUGACUUGCCAGAGGGAAGCAUCUUUUUCGUUGGUCAGGGCGUUGAGGUCGAGAUGGAUGCGCAAGAUAGGUUGGUCGUGUAUCGGGCGUAUGCGGACUGA